UCCAAGGGAAAGGAAACCGCCGCGACCGCGAGCAAUGCCUGGUAUUUAUACGGCCGCGCCAGCGCGUUCUGGACUGGACGGGCCAGGGCCAGUCCAAACGAGAGUUCUCUACAUCCAGCACUUCAUUCAGGCGGCGGCGACCACGACCAUGGCGACCAUGGCCUCUGCGGGGUCAUCCGAGGAGGAGGAGGAGGAGGAGGCGUGCAGGGAGAUCCGGGGCGCGUCCGGCACGCCGCGUCGCCUGGGCCUCCUCCUGGCUCCGCGGAGCCCCGCCGAGAGGCAGCAGAUCAGGGCGGCGUACCGCGCGACGUUCGGCGAGGACCUCGCCGCGACGCUGCACGGCAACCAGGACGACGAGCUCUGCAAGCUGCUCUACCUGUGGGGGGCGCUGGAACCGGCGGAGCGGGACGCCGUCGUGGCGCGGGAGGCGGUCGAGGGCGGCGUCACCGUCGCCGGCUACCGCGCCCUCGUCGAGGUGUUCACGCGCCGGAAGCAGGACCAGCUCUUCUUCACCAAGCAGGCAUACAUGGCCAGGUUCAGGAGGAACCUGGACCAGGACAUCAUGGUCACCGAGCCGUCUCACCCUUACCAGAGGCUGCUGCUGGCUCUGGCGGCCUCCCGCAGGUCGCACCACGACGACCUCAGCCAGCACGUAGCCAAAUGCGACGCGAGGAGGCUGCACGACACCAAGAACAGUGGUGCUGGCUCCGUCGUCGACGAGGCUGUGAUCCUCGAGAUGUUCAGCAAGAGGAGCAUCCCACAGCUCAGGCUGGCCUUCUGCAGCUACAAGCACAUAUACGGGCAUGACUAUACCAAGGCACUGAAGAUUAAUGGGUCUGGUAAAUUUGAAGAAUCUCUGAGAGUUGUUGUCAAGUGCAUCUACAACCCUUCCAAGUAUUACUCUAAGUUACUGCAGAGAAGUAUGCUAUCUGCAGCAACUGAUAAAAGGAUGGUAACAAGAGCUAUCUUGGGCAGCGAUGAUGUCGGUAUAGAUGAGAUCAGAUCAGCGUUCAAGAGUAGUUAUGGAAGGAACCUUGCAGACUACAUCCAAGAAAACUUGCCUGAGAGUGAUUACAAAGACUUCUUGUGGCUGUGGCAAGAGGGUCAGUGGCACCAUGAGGUUGUUGGAUGUUUGUAGUAGAGGUAUCCUUGAGCUGUUCAUGGAAUGGAUUAAUGGAAGAAAAAAAAUACUGUUUUGCAUGCUGCAAUAGUAA